AUGAAAUUUAGGAACUUAAUAUUAUUGGUCGGAACCAUUGGAAUUGCCAAGGCACUUGAUGGAAACGAAACCUUGGUCUCUACUAGUGGUUUAAUUGGAAAAGGUAUUGCAAAUGAGACCAGUGUGGCUGAAGCUUCACCAUCUCAACCGGUGGACUCAGCAAACCGAUGCAUCAGCACAUUGACUUUGUCCACAUGUACGUGCGAACCAAAGGGGUCGCAGAGUAUCAACACGUCUGGAGGAACUCCUAUUUACGAAGGUGAUGAAUGGGACAGAUACGUUGAAAUGCCCAAAGCAACUUCAACCACAUUAAGUCCAGAUUGUGUACUUAGAACAAAUUUUAGUACGAAUAGCCUUCAUCACGGUAGACCUACCCAUAGAAAUGUCAAAUGGAGUUCUGCUUCUACUCAUUCGUCACACUUAGCAAAUCAGACGACUACGAAUAGUAUAUCAUCAAAUUAUGGGGUUCUGUCGUUGACAUUUCCAAGUAUUCAUAUUUCUUCUACUCGUGCUCAUUACUACAAUACUCUGACAUUAGUCCACCAAGAUGCCAAUGCUCAUACCGGAUACCACAAUAGUAGUAUAAGUACAGGCUACAGUAACAUCAGUUCAACUAUUGAAAGUGCAAGUCUAAGCUCGCAUAUUAGUACCGAGGAAUACACCACGACUGAAGACUUCAGUACUAGUGAGAUAUUAAUUACAACUGUUGCAGAGACCGAAACUCCAGCUGCACUUACGCUGUCAUUACAUUUCGAUAUAAGCACAAGUCAAUCAUCCAGUCCAAGCAUUGCAGGACCAGAGAAUCCUACAACCUAUGCAAGCGAAACUGAGGAGACAUCUACACCGAAUACCGAGAUAAACGAAUCAUUAGCGCCAAGUCUGACAUUUCAGAACGAUGUGACUUCUACUGUUGAUUUUUAUCCCAUAAGCACAGCUGAGACUACCCAAGCGUAUGAAACUGAAGAUCAAAAGACAAUUCAAGAAACAACUCACGAGAGUAGCGAAAGCUCUGUUGCGAGUUCACUAGAGACAUCGAUAACUAUGGAGUCCAGUCUGAUUGAACAUCAGCAUAGCUCCGCAAGUCAUAAUAUUAAGACCAGCCAAACCAGCCUUAUUAGCAAUCCAACUACUCAGCCAGAAAAUAAUUGGUCAGACUAUUGGAGUGACGAAAAUUGGUCAGAGGAAUGGCCAAGCGAGUUCUGGAGUGAUGUAUUCAAGGAAACAUCUAAAACAAUGAAUCCAACAUACUCGACAACACGUUCUAAAUCUGAAAAGCACUCGACGUUGCCAAGUAUCAAAACAUAUACUCACACAGGAAGGAAGAGCCACAAUGAACAUCAAAGUACAUCUAGGGUGCAACCUUUCGUUUCUUCAACCCACACUACUGAAGGAUCUUUUAGAAUCUUGCCGACACCCCAUAUGCCAAAGCAAACUAGCCAUUCUGCUGAACACACAUCACAUGGACAUCAUAUCGAGGAGACUCAUUCCGAAAGACAGCAUACUGAAGUACAUCAUACCAAAGAACACCAUACCGAAGAACACCAUACAGAAGAACACCAUACAGAAGAACACCAUACAGAAGAACACCAUACAGAAGAACACCAUACAGAAAGACAGCAUACCGAAGAGCCUCAACAUCAUACCGAAGAGCACCAUACAGAGGAACACCGUACCGAAGAAUACAGCACGGAAGUGCAACAUACCAAAGAACAUUAUACAGAGGAACACAGUACAGAAUUGCAUCAUUCUGAAGAAACUACAGAGCAUCCUUCCCCUUCGUUAACUUCCAGCAUUUCUGUGUCAUCUGAGCCUAUUCAUAGAACUAGUGAAAGUAAAUAUUAUCCUACUUCUAGGUCUAAAGAAGCAGUACAUUUGAGUUCAACAUCAAUUUCACCGCAACUGUCCCAGGAAGAGCACAGUUCAUAUACCUCUAAACACACCCCCAAAGUUUCUUCAAGAACUCCUAUAAGCACUGGUCCAUUAAUGAGCACUUCAAUACAUCCUGCGAGUAAGGUCUCCCCUGGUUCAUCACAUCAUCCAAAAACAACGAAUUAUUCCAAGCGUAGCAAAUUAACCGGUACCGGUUCUAUUUCUGCUGAAUUCACAACUACCCACCCAUCAUUCUCUAGGACUUAUCCCAGAAAAAAGUCUUAUGCACCAAUAUUUACCUUAAAACCGGCCCCAAGUAUGCUGAGCCUUGGAAAUUCAAGACAAGCAAAACCAUUAUUCCAGACCAGCUCUGAAGAAACCGAAACUGAAACCGAAACGUUAUACAUUACAAUACUGUCUUCUACGGAAAAGCCAAAGUCCACGAUCCAAUCUAGUCAUCUGGAGCAACCAAGCUCCAGUAAAAGUUCAACCGUGUCUGCGAAUGAAAGCAUAUCUUCAACUCUUGCUAGACCAUAUCACAUUUUAAAACCAAAUGAAGAGACCGAGUCCACUUCAAGUGAAUCAAAUGCUUCAAAAACAACCAUCUACUACUUAUUAUUUGUCCCAUGUUUCAUACUUUUGGUGUUAGUAUAA